UUCCUCGGGCCGGGCGGGCGCGAUCCCGGGGAGGCGGCUACGGACAGACAGCUGCGCUCGCUCCUGGUGGCUCCGAACCAUGCAGCCGCUGCUCUGCGCACUUGCCGGGCUCGCCCUGCUCGGCGGCGUCGGGGCGGGCGAGUGGGGCCGGGGACCCAGGGACACCCCGGAACGGCGAGCUACUGAGUCCCCCAGCUCCUCCAGAGAAGAGACAGCUUGGAGCCCAGGCUGUGAUAGACAUGUGGCUGUCCAAGGCCGUUUAGACAUCAUGGAAGAGACGGUGGAGAAGACGGUGGAGCACCUGGAGGCAGAAGUGACCGGUCUGCUGGGCCUGCUGGAGGAACUGGCUUCGAAUCUACCCCCAGGGCCCUUCAGCCUGGAACCGGACCUACUGGGAGGUGACCACUUCUGACCACCAGGGGGCAGACCACUUCUGACCACCAGGGGGCAGUGGAGCCUGGGCAGCCGAAGUCGCCCCUCUGAGAAACCAAGCCAGGCCUUCUCUCCUUCCUGCCCCCCACAUCUGUGUAAAAUAAAAGCCGUUACUCGGGC